CCCUGACGGCCCCCAAGCCUAAGGUAGUGGCCUCUUCACCUCUUCUCUUUUCCUGCGGCUGCUCCGGUUCGUCUGAGUCUGCACAAUUCUAGGCAUUAUUAUUGCUUCUCAUCUUGCAUCAGUAUCCGCCAACAUCCACAUCGUCUCUUUGUUGCUCACCUAAGCCCUUGACCUCUCCGUUUCUUCUCUAUCACUUCGGAUUGCCCGGAAUCUCUUCUCGGUCGACCUCUCUCCUCACCUCCUCGCUUCCUACCGCUCUCCUGGUCGCCGUCGCUCCCACAGUCCUCUUCCUCGAGAACACAGACACCCCUCACACGCCUCAAGAAACGGCUUGACAACUCUGCGCACCCAGCCAGCUCGACGCUGCGACGCUGCGAUGCAGGCCUCCCUUCCGUCCUGGAAGGACACCGCUCUUUCCAAGAAGCACAUUCAGAUACCAUGGCGGUCAAUACAGAUCCUCGUCCCUCAUAGACUACGGCGCAAGCUGAGAUCAAAGCUACGAAACCGACAAUCUCCUGCCUCGACCUUCGCAAAUCUCCAGACCUCUUUCUCUCCUGCAGACACAUUACGAGCCCUACAGAACCACAAAUGGUCAAUCUACGAUGCACAAUGGCUUUUCCUGGCCUUCAUUGGGAUUUUCUCUUUGAGCAUAAUUGAGUCUCCGGGUCCCCUGGUCAAGACGGCGGUCGCUACACUGCUACUCACGUCCUUGGUAUUCCCAAUCACUCGACAAUUCUUCCGUCCUUUCAUGCCCAUAGCCGCUUACCUUAUCCUCUUCUACGCUUGCAGGUUUAUCCCAGCCGAAUGGAGACCUCCCAUCUGGGUCAAAGUCCUACCUGCGCUCGAAAAUAUCCUCUAUGGCGCAAACCUAAGCAAUAUCCUUUCCGCCCACAAGAACACUAUACUCGAUCUGCUGGCGUGGUUUCCCUACGGCCUGGGACACUUUGGAGCUCCAUUUGUGUGCUCCGCAAUCAUGUUCAUCUAUGCACCACCAACGACAGUACCGGUUUUCGGGUUCGCAUUCGGCUACCUAAAUCUCAUUGGGGUCAUUACUCAGGUCGUGCUUCCUUGUUCCGCGCCAUGGUACGAGAACAUGUACGGCUUAGCUCCAGCAAACUACUCGAUGAAAGGCUCGCCAGCCGGUCUGGCGCGUAUCGACGCACUUCUAGGAUUCGAUAUGUACACUUCUGGUUUCACGGCGUCUCCCAUGGUUUUUGGAGCAUUCCCAUCACUUCACGCCGCUACCUCGACCCUCGAAGCACUUUUCAUGAGCCACGUCUUCCCGAAACUCACCCCUCUAUUCGCAUUCUACGCCAUGUGGCUGUGGUGGGCUACCAUGUACCUGUCACAUCACUACGCUGUGGACCUGGUUGCGGGCAGCAUGCUGGCUGGUGUCAUCUUCUACUUUGCAAAGGCCAAGUUCCUUCCUCGUCUCCAACCAGACAAGAACUAUCGGUGGGAUUACGACUUUGUCGAAAUUGGAGAGCAGAGUGAUUAUGGCUACGGUCUUGCUGGUAUUGGUGGCAGUCAUCCCGACAGCGACGAAUGGACGAUCGGCUCUUCGUCCUCCAUCUCCUCCGGUUCGUUGAGUCCAGUUGAGGAAACCCAAAAUGUCUGGACCGAAGCCUAUUCCAACCACGAAAGAUGAGACUAUUUCUCCAUUUCGACUUCUCCUUUAGUUUCAGCACUUUCGGCAGGGCGUUUUCCGUACGAGUCCAUGCCAUGCUUUACGGUUGGGAACUUGCAUAUGAGCGACACUUUUUUAUGACUUUGCAAAUAGACGCGAUGCGAAGUUCAAUGACUGCGAGCCGACGAUCAUUAUGUCCGGGGAUUCCCCAACCGAUCGCUACAUCCUUGCAGGCUCUUAAUCAGGCGGCUCGGACGGCUGCAAGGAUUCACCAUCUACGUUUUUGUUCUCGCGCCCAUAUUUUGUCGGGAAUGUUUUUACUUGGUAUGAUGUUGUCACCUUGCACAGCAGCACCAUCGUGUUUAGCCGGACUUAUUGCAUGUAUUGGUGAUUGGAUUGGGUACGGACAAGGUUGACUCUAUUACGCCUUGCAUUUGUUGCCAAGGAGAGAGGGCGGCGUUUUCAUCGAGAGGAGAGCGGUUUUCCAUCCGUUCAGCGGCUACUGUUUACCGACUGAAUUGAGAUACCUCAUUCGCUUACACUUUGUACAAAAGAUAUCGAGACAUGGUGUUUAUGACCGAUAUGCCAUUCGCUUGGUUUCAACAGAGAGGAAGAAAGAGCCGGGAGUUUUGGGCUUGUUUGAGUCAGCUUUGCUCUGAGCAGAGGAAACGGCUUUUUUGUGUUGUGGACCGAAGCAGGAAUGUCAAACGCAGCCAGGAUACACGAUGGAUGCAGUACAGUCCGACGAUGACCUCCCCCAGUCAACGGCUUACGGCCUUUCAAGGUUUCUCCGUGCCUGGUCACAACAGGGGUUCAGCCCCCAACAGGUCACAAAGUCUAACGGUCAUGCAUGGAGUUUUGAGCACAACCAUGAUGCACGCCUGACUUGUACAGAACAAUUCGGCCGUUUGCAGGAGGCCAGAGUACGGGCGCUUACGCAUGGCUUACGCAUGCACUGAGAUGCUGUGUGACUGUUGUGUGGAAGACGAGGCUGACUGGGUGAUUGGAGUCAUCAACGAGGCUGAGCAUUUCCGCCUGCAUUCCUGGUCGAGCCCACUGGACAAGGCAGUACGGCUCAAGCCUCGAGCGAUCGACGAAGCUGUUCGAUCGACGAGAAAUAAUCUAAUACAAUAAUAUCUAAUGAACUUUGAACAACUCA